ACUACCAAACUUUCAAUCUUAAAAUCGGUUGGUGGUUGGCACCUAUCCUGAGACAAAAUUUGACCAAAAUCAAAAUUAUUGUUUGUAAACGUGAAACUUAGAGAAGUAUUACCAGAAGAAAAAAUAAACAACUCUCAUUGGUUUAUGUGACGUUCACGCCGAAGUGAAGUUUUUUUUGUAGCUCGACUUCAAGUUUUGUCAUAUAAUUAUACCAUCCAACGAAACCUGGGGUUCGUCAAUCGCGCCUACGGCCAUUGGUUCGUCAUAUCGUAUCGUCGUGGAAGUAUCGUUAUAUGCAAGUUAUCUAAGUUGUAUUAUUUUCUCUUUAUUGUUUUUUUGGAAUGCCGGUGUUGGAUACAUUUUUCCAAUUGUGAAAUCUCGCACGUAAGCCAAAUGUAGACCAGCUUUCCAAUUUAACUCCUUUGUUGUUGCGCCGAACAACUUUCCGUGUGUUGAUGGUUAUCUCCGUACAAAAUCCUAUCGAUUUCCUAGUAUUCGCUAAACACUGCGUUUGUUGGCACUACGAUUCGUAGCACAACUGUAGUGCAUUUUAUCGAAUGAAUGUAGCGACAUUGCGAAAACCCUUUGCGUUCUAAUAUCAUGAAUUCACAGGCAAUCAUGAACGGCUGAAUAACUAUCACUUCUCUAGUAUGUACUAUGAUAAAGCUUCGGGAAAAAGAUUCGGCUUGUUCGGGUUGGCCGACCUUUACGGAAUACCGAGCUGCUCUGAUAAGAUUAGAUACAAACGCUUAUCAGUGUUACGAAAGUCGUGUUUCAAACAGGUAUCCUGUGGCAGUUUGGAUCCAGUCCCCAAAGAGCUCACGCAGUGAAAGUUAGUCUGGUUUUGUGACAUGUGCAAACAGUGAUUGAGAGUGCAUCAUAAUCAACUAUAAUUACUAGAAGCAGCAAACUGCUUAUGAAUAAGUGCAGCUAAUUGAACUGCAACGAGAUGAUAAGACCUGCGUCUUUGAUUCGAGAUGACGAAGAUCGGCUACCGCAGUUUCAAGCGAAUGCGAACAACAUAGGAAAAGAUUCAAUCGACUGUGGGAUCAGGGCGUGUAACUGCUGCAACGGUCCAGGAUGUCAACGGUUGGGUACAUCGACGUCAUUUCUGAUCAUCCUGUCCUUGGCCGGUUUUGUACAGGGUGGCAUUGAGUCGUACUUUAGGGUGUCCGCCCAUCAAGCUGCGAAUGAGCAUGAGUUCGAUCCAAUCAUCGUUGACUGGCUGCUGGUGGGCAGCGGAAUAUCACAGGGCCUAUUUGCCCUGCUCGUGACCUACUGGGGCAACCGGUUGCACCGUAUCUCCUGGUUGGGUGGAAUUUUUAUGCUGCAAUCCGCUGGACUGCUGAUGCUGAUCAUACCUACGCUGACUCACAACUCGAACGACUCGGAAACCAUUGCCGCGAUAGAAGUGGCAAACGUUUGUAUUCUGGAUCAGUCGGCUGAGCUUCAGAUUGAGAAACCCUACGGCAUCACGACGCUGGUCCUGAUGUUUUUCGCUCAGGCCUUGAUCGGCAUCGCCAAUGUGACGUUCUACUGCUUAGGAAUGAGCUAUCUGGAUGAUAACCUGAGAGAGCACCAAAGUCCCAGCCAUAUAGCAUGUGCUUUGGCCGCUCGCGUUUGGGGUCAUCAGUUCGGGCUGGCCAUUGUUUUGGCCGUUGGAGCAACUACACUAGGCUGGUGGCUUGGGUGGGUGAUAAUUGCACCAAUCAUUUUUGUGCUAGGAUUUCUGUUGUCUCUUUUCCCCAAACGGCUUCUAUCGACUGUAGUGCGGCAGGCAGCGGACGAAAUAAUAGAAACUGCUACUAGCGAAAGCCAGCAAUCGUUGGCGGGGCACAAAUGGCUGGCAGAUAUCGGUUUGGCAGCAUCACUGAAGCGAGUCUUAACCAACGGUAUUCUCAUUUUCAAUGUACUAGCAUUGGUUUUUAUUCAGACCGGUGUUAUUAACUUCAACGCACACGAACAAAACUACCUGCAGUCGAGAUUUUUUCUGCCCACUUCGAAUGUCAAUGGAUUGAAUGAUGAAUGGACAUCCAGAUUGAUCACCAACCUGCUGCGAGCUCCAGUGGUUGCAUUGGCUAUGGUCGUGGCUGGAUUGAUUAUUGCAAAGGUGAAUCCCAGUCCGAGGAAGCUUGCUGGAUGGAACAUCAUUGUGGGCAUAGUUGCUUCAGGUUUAUUUGUCGCAUUUAUAUUCUUGUCCUGCGAGAACGAGCAAAUUGCUGGUGCUUAUCGUGGAAGACUGACAAAGCCGUUCUGUGCUUCGAACUGCAUCUGUCCGGAGAAUGUGCCAUUUUCGCCGGUUUGUCCGCAGGACAGUGUGUACACUUACUUCUCGCCCUGUCACGCUGGAUGCCAGAAUCGAUCGGAAAUCAACAAUGUUGUCGUCUAUACGGACUGUUCAUGUGGUAUCGAUACGGAACUGGUGCUGAUCGAGGGAGGAAUCGCCACGGAAGGGGCAUGCGGAUUCCAAGAUUGUCAGAAAUAUUGGAUUAUAUUUCAGGUUCUAACAGUGGUGGUAGCAGUGUUGCUAGGAUCGGCUUUAAUCGGAAAAGUGAUCAUAUCGAUUCGGUCCGUUCUACCACAGGACAAAGCACUUGCACUCGCGGUGGAGCUCACGUUGGUCGGACUGGUUGUGUAUCUUCCAGGGACAGCCGCCUAUCAGGCGAUUGCGAUUAGCGCCUGCCAGUUUUGGUCAUCCGACCAGCGAAGAUGCUUCAUCCAUGAGACACCAUUCUUCGGAACAACUGUCAAUAUUCUUACGGCCGUUUUGAUCCUGAUUGGUGUGAUUUUCGACUGUUUGGUGUUUUACUUUGUACGGGAGCUUCCUCUGUAUGGCGAUGAUCCUGACGAUGCAUACCGACCAAUCGAAAUGCGACUCAUCACUCAGCAAGCAAGAAACAGUUCCAGACCCACUAUUUCUCCUGACAGUGAGAUUCAACCAUUCAACGGGCGUCAAGAGCAACAACCACGCGAUUUGGUAUCAUUCGCACCUUCAAACAGUUUACUCCAGGCAUCAACUAUUGUUGCUCAAGAUGCUCCCUUAAUUCAAUCCAUUCAAAACACCCAGGUUGACUACCCUCAAACGGCCCGGUCUAUUUCUCCAAUCGCCGGGCCAUCAGUAACGUAUGCUGAGGUUGUUCGACAGCUACCGACGCGACGACCGUCUAGUGAUUUAGAUGAACGAUUGGAUUUCAGCUCGGUAAAUAGUCUGCCACCAGGCAGGACGGAUGAUGACGAAGAUGAAUCGGAAUAUGAAGAUGCCGUACGGAUAACCAAAGCUAAUGGGCCCCUAACAAACUUAAGGGAUUACUCGGGUCAGAAUCCAGCCUUGUUCGGAGCAACGGGUAGUGGCCGAGGCUUUGAAUCACCACUGUCAAGUGCUGUUAGCAGUCCCGGUGGAAUCGGAUACACGAGGACUAAGAGCCGAGACGGGAGACCCAUGAGUCCAGAGACAGAUUUCUAAAUGUAUAGUACGAAAUGUGGGGAUAAAAUUAAGCACCGAUUUAGUUGUAGUUUAUGUAUAGUCUUAUCGUUUAGAUCUACGUAAAAGUUCAUUACCAAUUAGAAGAUAAGCGGAGUGUUCAAAAUUGUUCGCCAUUGUUCU